AUGUCGACCGAGCGAACCUUUAUUGCCAUCAAGCCCGACGGUGUCCAGCGAGGACUUGUCGGCAAGAUCAUCAAGCGAUUCGAACAGCGAGGAUUCAAGCUCGUCGCCAUGAAGCUCUGCAUGCCCGGCAAGGAGCACCUCGAGAAGCACUACGCUGAUCUCUCCUCCAAGCCAUUCUUCGCCGGUUUGGUCGAGUACAUGAACUCCGGCCCAAUCUGCGCCAUGGUCUGGGAAGGCCUCAACGUCGUCAAGAUGGGACGAAUGAUGCUUGGCGAGACCAAUCCCCAGGCUUCCCUCCCUGGCUCCAUCCGAGGAGACUACUCCAUCCAGGUCGGCCGAAACAUCUGCCACGGUUCCGACGCCGUCGAGUCCGCCAACCACGAAAUCGCCCUUUGGUUCAAGCCCGAGGAACUCAUGUCCUACGACUCUUGCACCGCCAAGUGGAUCUACGAAUAA